AAUCACCAUUUGUGUUCAUCAUAACAGAAAACAAGUUCAAGAUAUCCAUCAAAACCACCCACAAAUCUACAACUUCCUUUAAAGAUCAUACAGAACCAUCUCCUUUUACAAUAGUUUCCAUUUAGCUUUUCAGUCUCACAGUCUUCUACAUAUAACCACACUUCAUCAGCUCUUUGCUUGUCACCAUAGUUAAACACUACUCUACUUUCUACUCUCUGUAUUGCUAGCUCUCUUUCUCUGAAGGCUGUACGCUCUUGUUCAACAAUGGGAUCGAGCCUAAGCAAAUCUAGUUCUAGUGCUUCAGGGCUGGUUGAUGGCAAUAGCAAGUCUUUGAUAUCUCUUGAGGGAUCAAACUUUGCUGCCAAUGGCCACAUCUUUCUCUCUGAUGUCCCAGAUAACAUUACCCUCUCUCCCUCCCUUUGUACUGAAAAAUCAAUAUCCUCUGGUGCCGGAUCCUUUGUGGGGUUUGACUCGAAAGAAUCCAAAGACAGGCAUGUUGUCCCUAUUGGGAAACUGAGGAACAUAAAGUUCGCGAGCAUAUUCAGGUUCAAGGUUUGGUGGACAACCCACUGGGUUGGCUCCAAUGGAAGAGAUCUUGAACAUGAGACUCAAAUGGUCAUGCUUGACAAGUCUGAUGAUUCAGGCCGACCCUACGUUCUCCUUCUUCCUCUUCUUGAAGGGCCUUUCCGAGCUUCUCUCCAGCCGGGCGACGACGACAACGUUGAUGUUUGUGUGGAAAGUGGGUCCACAAAAGUUUGUGGAGCCGGAUUCCGGAGUGUUGUUUACAUGCAUGCAGGUGAUGAUCCAUACAAUCUGGUGAAGGAGGCCAUGAAGGUGGUGAGGAUGCAUCUGGGUACUUUCAAGCUUCUGGAGGAGAAAACUCCUCCCGGUAUAGUGGAUAAGUUUGGUUGGUGCACAUGGGAUGCAUUCUAUCUUACCGUGCACCCUCAAGGUAUCUGGGAAGGUGUCAAGGGUCUUGUUGAAGGUGGGUGCCCACCUGGUCUUGUGUUGAUUGAUGAUGGCUGGCAAUCCAUUAGUCAUGAUGAAGACCCCAUCACAAAAGAAGGCAUGAAUGCUACUGUUGCAGGUGAACAGAUGCCUUGCCGACUAUUGAAGUUCGAAGAGAAUUACAAAUUCAGGGACUAUGCCAGUCCUAAGAGUUUGGCAAAUGGUGCCACCGAGAAAGGCAUGGGGGCUUUUAUCAAGGAUUUGAAGGAAGAAUUUAACAGUGUGGACUAUGUUUAUGUGUGGCAUGCCUUCUGUGGCUAUUGGGGUGGGCUAAGGCCUAAUGUCCCUGGUUUGCCUCCAGCACAAGUUGUUCAGCCAAAAUUGUCGCCGGGAUUGGAGAUGACGAUGAAGGAUCUGGCUGUCGAUAAGAUUCUGAGCACCGGCGUCGGGCUGGUGCCGCCGGAGAUUGUAGAUCAGAUGUACGAAGGACUUCAUUCACACUUGGAGAAGGUUGGGAUUGACGGUGUCAAGGUGGACGUUAUUCAUUUGAUGGAAAUGGUGUGUGAAAACUAUGGUGGCAGAGUAGACCUGGCUAAGGCAUAUUUCAAGGCAUUGACAGCCUCUGUGAGGAAGCAUUUCAAAGGAAAUGGUGUCAUAGCUAGCAUGCAACACUGCAACGAUUUCAUGUUCCUUGGAACAGAGGCCAUCUCUCUUGGUCGUGUUGGUGAUGAUUUUUGGUGUACAGAUCCAUCUGGUGAUCCUAAUGGCACAUUUUGGCUUCAAGGAUGCCAUAUGGUGCACUGUGCUUAUAACAGCCUAUGGAUGGGCAACUUCAUCCAUCCAGAUUGGGAUAUGUUCCAGUCUACUCAUCCCUGUGCUGAAUUCCAUGCCGCUUCUAGGGCGAUUUCUGGAGGUCCAAUUUAUGUCAGUGAUGCUGUAGGGAAGCACAACUUUCCGUUGCUCAAGAGGCUGGUGUUGCCCGACGGUUCAAUUCUCCGGUGUGAGUACCAUGCACUUCCAACCAGGGAUUGCCUCUUUGAGGAUCCUCUGCAUGAUGGCAAUACCAUGCUCAAGAUUUGGAACCUCAACAAGUUUACUGGAGUUGUCGGAGCAUUUAACUGCCAAGGAGGAGGAUGGUGCCGUGAGACAAGACGCAACCAAUGUGCAUCCCAAUUUUCUCACCUGGUGACUGCUAAGACCAACCCUCGAGACAUUGAAUGGAGCAGUGGCAAGAACCCAGUUUCCAUCGAAGGAGUACAGAUGUUUGCAAUGUACCUGUCCCAGUCUAAGAAGUUGGUUCUCUCCAAGCCAGACGAGAACAUUGAAAUUGCACUGGAGCCGUUCAAUUUUGAGCUUAUUACAGUGUCCCCAGUCACCAUCCUAGCUGGAAAAUCAGUCCAUUUUGCUCCUAUAGGUUUGGUGAACAUGCUCAACACUGGCGGUGCUAUCCAGUCACUGGCUUAUACUGAUGAUGCCAAGAGCACAGUCCGGAUUGGCAUCAAGGGAAGCGGAGAAAUGAGGGUCUUUGCUUCAGAGAAACCAAGAGCUUGCAAAAUUGAUGGAAGAGAGGUUGCUUUUGAGUAUGAAGAACACAUGAUUACCACUCAAGUGCCAUGGUCUUCUCUAUCUGGCCUAUCUAUUGUUGAAUAUUUAUUUUAGAGUUAAAGUUUUUUUAAAAAAUUUUGAGGGACAUAUUAUUAUCAAUACCCUCCAAAUUAAAUAGGAAAAUGUAAAGAAUUAUCAACUCUUGUUAUCAAUAGCUAAUUAUUACAAUAAACAAUGUUAUUGUUAUUCUC